CAGCAGCAGCAGCAGCAGCAAUAAUGGACGAGGGCGAUCGAUGUGAUCCGUGGUGCGUUCAAUGCCACUCUUGGAGAACAUUGAAUUGUUCAGUAACAGCGGCAGAGAGUAAGAGAGAGAGAGAGAGAAAGAGAGAGAGGGGAUAUACCCCACGGUCGAUGCCUAUAUAGCCAGCUACGAACGCAACAGAUCGUUCCAGUCGUUGUCUCUCGUCUCGAGAUUUGCUAGCUUCAUUUUUUUUUCGCCUAUUGCACGUCCUCGGGAUUAGCCUCGGUUCUUUCCGAGGUCUCGCGAUACAUUCCCACGAUGUACACGGCCACGAUUUAAUCAAACGACCGUCUAACGAUUAGCUUCGCCGCUUAUCGCGAUCUAAGUGGUGCUCGAGGUGGUAGCGUGCAGCGAUAGAUUAGGGACCUCCGGCAUGUUCUCCGGGACGUAAAACGGGGUAGAUCCUCGCCGUCAUCGAGCGAGUAAGUCGGGGAGGAGUUUCGUAAGUGCUUAUAUAAGUGCUUCUGUUUAAUAUUAAGUAUUUCGCCGCAUCGCGCGGAUCGGGGCGUUUUGAUUUGUGCGCGCCUGGCGCCGUAUCAUCCCGAAGGCUGGAUCCGAAACGCAGUGGCCACAGAACGAAGAAACUGUUACCCCCCAUCUUCUCCCGGGGAACAUCGGAGGUCUCGGUCGACAGCGAUAUGCCGCCGCAGGAGAAGUUCCCGGCGUCCGCUGGGGUUUCCAGGGACCUGACCCCACAGGACCCCAGUCCUGACGGGGGUCUGUCGGCCUCGGCCUCGUCCGACGGAUUUUCGUCCGUCAAGGGUCGUAAGAGCGGCAGUGACGAUCAGGAUGACCAGGAACCCAAGGACAUGGACUUCGACGACCUGCUGCCGCACAUAGGCGAGUUCGGCACCUAUCAGAGGAUCCUGUUCGUGCUGAUGAUCCCGUUCGCCUUCUUCGUCGCCUGGGUGUACUUCUCGCAGAUAUUUAUCACCCUCGUGCCGGAGGAGCACUGGUGUCGCGUGCCGGAAUUGGAGAACCUCACUGUCGAAGAAAGGAUCGCCUUGGCGAUACCGCCCGGCGAGGAUGGCUUGUCCAAGUGCACCAUGUACGACGUGAAUUACACGGAAAUCCUGUUGAGUGGAAUCAGACAGGCGGAUCCGUACUGGCCGACAAAGAGUUGUUCGCACGGUUGGGAGUUCAAUUUCACCGUCAUUCCUUACGAAACCGUGGCGACCGAGUUGGGAUGGGUGUGCGAGAACAGCGCACUGCCGACGACCGCCCAGAGCAUCUUCUUCAUCGGCGCAAUCUUCGGCGGCCUAAUCUUCGGAUGGAUCGCCGACAGAUACGGCAGAAUACCGGCCCUGGUCGGCGCCAAUGUCACCGGCUGCCUGGCGGGCGUCGCGACCGCCUUGGCCGGAAGUUUCUGGGAGUUCGCGCUGUGCCGGUUCUUCGUUGGCUUCGCCUUCGACAAUUGUUUCACCAUGAUGUACAUACUGGUACUGGAAUACGUGGGACCGAAAUGGCGCACUUUCGUGGCGAACAUGUCGAUAGCACUCUUCUUCACGUUCGCCGCCUGCAUCCUACCUUGGAUCGCGUAUUACCUGGCCGACUGGAGGAUGACCUGCAUCACGAUAUCCGUUCCUCUGGCCCUGGCGGUGGCGGCACCCUGGUUGGUACCGGAGAGCGCGAGGUGGCUCGUCAGUCAAAACAAAGUGGAAAAGGCCAUUGGGAUCCUGGGUAAAUUCGAACACAUGAACGGCACGAAAGUACCCGAGAACGUCUAUCAACAAUUUCGCGAAACCUGCGCCAGAGUAUGCAAGGAGCAGGAGGCGGACAAAACUUAUUCCGUGGUGGAUCUAUUUAAGAGUCCACGUUUGCGAAACAUCACGAUUCUCCUCAUCAUUAUCUGGAUGGCGAUAUCGCUGGUAUUUGAUGGCCACGUAAGAAACGUGAAUAACCUUGGGCUCGACGUCUUUGUAACAUUUACGAUCGCAGCGUUUACCGAGCUACCCGCCGACACGUUUCUCACCCUCGUCCUCGACCGAUGGGGUAGACGAUGGUUAGCCUGCGGUACCAUGGUAAUUUCCGGAAUUUUCAGCAUUUGGGCGAGCGCGGUUUCGAAUCAUAUUUAUUCAGCCACCUUGGCGAUCGUCGGUAGAUUCUGGGUCAAUAUCUCAUACAAUAUCGGUCUUCAGUAUGCGGCCGAAGUGUUACCUACGGUUGUAAGGGCUCAAGGAGUCGCCUUGAUCCACAUAAUGGGAUAUGUCGCUAGCAUCCUCGCACCUUUUGUCGUUUACCUGGAUACUGUAUCGUCCAUUCUGCCACUGCUGGUCCUCGGCGUCAUGGGUGUUAUCGGUGGUCUCCUGACGCUUCUGUUACCGGAAACACUCGAUAAAGAUCUACCGCAGACCUUGCAGGAUGGCGAAGAUUUCGGGAAGGAUCAGAAGCUAUGGGACAUGCCGUGUCUCCCGAAGAAAAAGCGUGACGUGGAGGCGCCAACGGUGGCCGUUUUCCGAUCGUUCGAACGCAGCAGCCUGCGAAGUUCAAUGAGAGCGUCUAUUCGUGGCGAGACCCUAAGGAGCAGCAUGAUACAAAGAUCGAGCAGAUCUUCCAUGAAAUCGCGGAAGAGCGUAAAUGCAGCCUUGGAAGCUGAAAAGUGAACACUCUGAGAAACGCGGCCCACAUGAUUUACGACACCCUGAUAUUUCCUUUCUCUCUCUCUCUCUCUCUCUCUCUCUCUCUUCUUUCUCUCUCUCUCUCUCUCUUUACCAUUGUCCUUUCCUUCAGGAUUGUGAUAUCAGAGCUACCAAAAUCAAAUUUUGCAUAUGCCUGUAUCCAACCAUCAAUGACGGUUUUAGAUCGAUAAAAAUGGAACGUUACUCGCAAUAGCCCGCUCUACAAUUAAGUUUACUUAAUUAGAGGAUGAUAGGGUUGUGGCAAUUAAUUUUAAGUAUUGACCGUAGAGAAGUAGAAAUGUCAAUUAGAAUUUAAAUCAGAUUAGAAUUCAACUAAAACGCUCUAAUUGGCCGUUCUAUUCCUAUUCCGCAGAUAGAACCCUUUACGAUUUUCAUUAUUGUAUUCUGCGAUAAAUCCUAUACGUGUGACAUUCUCGAAAUCUGACUUCGAAUUUCGAGUGAAUGAGAUGGGGACUUUUACUCGCAGUCAUGUAGCGUUAACGCGAGGCUACGAUUUUUUUAUUGCGCGAUUCGUAAUUAUACUAUUUUUGACACGCUUGUAUUUAAUUAAUAGGAGGAAGAAAACCGGGCGCCGCCGUAAGUUUAGAAAUGCGUGAAGUUUCAAAACUCCUGUUCCAUUCUUUGCGAAACGCGCGUCCUUCGUGAAAAAGAAAAAACAGGAGAAACCAAUAUUUUUAAAUGUACCGUUCCGAUUCCGCGGGUGGCAGCCAUAUUGAGAAAUAGUAGAUGAGAAAUAGAUAAAACAAAAAAAAAACAAAUACGUACUCGUGCUACAACAUGUAAGAACGGCUCGUAUGCAUUUUAUAUAAAUUGAUCGCGUCUGCAGCUGCGACUUGUCACUGUUGCUCACUUACGCGUAUAAUAUGUAACAUUACAUAUUGUACAUUACAAUGUACAUAACGGACACGUGAAUCAAAUUUUUGAAUUAUCUUAUCAAAAGACGCGACAGGCUGUUGAAUGCGAAUGAAGAACCUGAAUGAGAAAUUGUCGGGUACAGCUUUAUCGUGAUAACACACACGUGUACCCUCUCAGAAAAGGUUUCUAAUAGCAAGGCUAAAAAUAUUCUUGAUGUAUUUAUUGCAAUCUUGUGCAAUAUAAAAAUAAAGCCAUAUUAAGAUGAGGUCUGUAAUUCCUAAUCCCCUUCAUCGAAUUAAAUAAGAUUGACUUAUUAUCUACUAUUGUUAAGUUAAGAGUGUUAUGAGAUUCAUAAUACUCAAAUUUCGAUUGUCUAAUCUAAAUCCGUUUGAGAAAAUUAAUAAGAUAGCAUCGAGAGAUUAUUUUUUUCUAGGUUUAAGAAUUUUUUUUAUUUAAGAAUAUAAUUUCCUCUUGCCAAUGUGAUAAUUAUGUUUGUCUCUAUCAAUCUUAUCUUAUGAAUUACGUAGAAGAGUAAUAGCAGUGAAUCCAGAAAUCUUUUCUGUGGGUGUAUCAACGUCGCCGGGAACGUUUCACCUGGAAAUGCUUUCCGCAAAAAUUUAGAUCUCAAGAUUUGUGUACAUACGCAAUAUUUUAUAAUGUAAAUAAGAAUAUUAAAUUAAUUUGUAUCUCCCGAUUGAUCUGUGUUAAUAAACGUAAACUGAUACACAGUCGGAUGGAUAAUUACUAUCAUAGAGAAUUGCCUUUGAUCAAAAGGCGUCGAUAUUGCUCCGACAAAGAUGCGAUUGUUAAUGAACGGUAACAAUUAUCGACAGCUUCUCGAUUGUGAAGAAAAUUGUAUUGGUUUAAUUGCCCGACGCUACUGUAUUGCAUUGUCGUCAAGUCUGCAUUAAUAUCCAGCACGACGAAAUAUAUCUAAUACAGA